UUCUCUUUUUUACUUUUUAACUUUUUUAUAUUUUUUUUAAGAGAGAGUUUCUCAAUGAGACACCAUUGAUGGAGAUGCUCUUAGUGAUUCUUCUAUAAACUAGGGAUUUAUCAAAUUUGAGUGAUUUCUCUUUUCUUUUAAUCUGCAGGAUUGCGUCCCAAGUAGGAGAGAUAUGGUAAGCGUUUCAUUAACCACAAAUCUGUGGUAAUGAGUUUCAAAGUGAGUUCUGAAGAUUUUAGUGUCAUUGAGUUGCCUAACGAAGUCAACUUUGAUUAUAAUUACUGGAAUUUGGUGAAUUACAAAAGGGAUAUUGCCUUAGUGGAUGAGGGCAACUUUGACAUUGACUCGAAUGGCAAUGGAGUUUUUAAAAUUUUGGUUAGGAAGGAAGUUGCUGGAAAUUGGGAGAGAAAGCGCAUUGAGAUUCCUCGUUGGAAAGAAACGGUUGAUAACGAGGAUUAUUAUUUUAAAGGUACCAUUGGAACAGGAGAACUUCUUGUUUUCGCACCAACUCGUGGUACUCGGUUCGGGAGAAGAGUGUUGUAUUACGAUGAAGCCACAGGGAACCUCAGAAGAUUUGAUAUUGAAGAAGGAAUGAUUGAUGAAGAUCAUUUUGUUCGAACCUUCUUCGAUCAUGUUGAUAGUACUUGGCUUAUGUGAAGAAUAUGACUUGGUCCAAGGUUAUCAGAAACUCUCGUUGGUUGUUCAGUCUCUCAAGUCUUAUUGGGAUUGCUAGUUUUCAUUUCUAUUGUCGUUAAUCGUCAUUUAUGCUAAAUAAUAAUAUCGUCUC